UGAAGAAGACAAACCAUCCUGGACGUCAACAAGUCCGACGUGCUUUGAGAAAAUGGGUUGUUUUUACGUUGUGGAAGGGGGGGCUUUGCUGUAGCCUAACACCGGCAGAUCAUGGCAGGGGUACACGCUUCAGAUGCUCUGUCGGGACAUUUUUUGGAUCUUGCCAUCGGCGCCCCGCCAACACAGGGUGAGAUCAACGCUGCAGGAAUCACCGGCGAUGCGGCCGCGCUGCCUGCCACCGGUACCAGGGCUUACUUGGAGGUGUCGGCGGCCUCUGCCCAGGGCUACGGGGCUGAGGGAGUUUACACCAAUGGACGGUACAGGGAGCACGGCAGUCCAAGGAUCGGGAGUGGCAGCCGUGAUAAUUCCACCGAGAGGAGCCAGGGAGGUGGAAACACACCUUGCGGCAUCAUGAAGGACGGUUCCAAACAGAGGCAGGUGAGGAAGAAGACAGUUUCCUUCAGCUCAAUGCCGAGUGACCGCAAGAUCAACAGCACAGCUGCUUGCAUGGCCUUCAUGAUGGAGGGUUGUGAGAUGAAGAAGGUGCGCUCCAACUCACGCAUGUACAACCGCUACUUCCUUCUGGAUCCAGACAUGCACUGGCUCCGUUGGGAGCCAUCCAAAAAGGAUUCAGAAAAGGCCAAACUAGAGAUCAAGAGCAUUAAGGAAGUCCGUUUGGGAAAGAAAACUCCAGUUCUUCGCAGCAAUGGUCUCUCAGAUCAGUUUCCUGAUGAAUGCGCCUUCUCAAUCAUCUAUGGGGAUAACUAUGAGUCAUUAGAUUUGGUGGCCAGUACAGCAGAUGUUGUCAGCACGUGGGUGAUGGGCCUGAGGUAUCUGGUGUCUUAUGGCCGGCAUACCGUGGACAUGGUGGAGCCCAGUCAACCGAGUUUACGAACAUCUUGGAUUGGCUCAGUGUUUGAUCUAGCAGAUAUGGAAAAAGAAGGACACAUAGACCUGUUCAGGGCCACACAGAUAAUCAAGGGGCUCAACCCUGGAAUGAAAGAGUCCAGGAUAGAACUGAAGUUCAAGGAACUCCAGAAAGCUAAAGAUCAAUAUGGAGAAGCAAUUAACAUGGACACCUUUGUGGAGGCCUACUGUGAGCUCUGCACACGGCCAGAGAUUUUCUUCUUACUGGUGCAGUUCUCCAGUAACAAGGAGUAUCUGGACAGUAAAGACCUGAUGAUGUUCGUAGAGGUGGAGCAGGGUGUGGAAGGUGUGACAGAGGAUAUGUGCAGGGAUAUUGUUCAGAAAUUUGAGCCAUCUGCCGAAGGCAGGGAGAGGAGCUACCUCUCCAUUGAUGGCUUCACACACUACCUCCUCUCCUCAGAAUGCCACAUCUUUGACCCCCAGCACAAACGUGUGUGCCAGGAUAUGACCCAGCCCCUGUCCCACUACUACAUCAACUCCUCACAUAAUGCCUCCCUUCUGGAAGACCACUUCUGGGGUUCAUCAGACAUCAGCAGCUACAUCCGAGCACUGAGAAUGGGCUGUCGAAGCAUUGAGGUCAUUGUAUGGGAUGGCCCUGAUAAUGAACCAGUGGUGUAUGUAGGGAGUUCUGUGGCCUCACAGCUAGCAUUAUCUAAGGUCCUGGACAUUAUAAACCAAUAUGCUUUUGAGAACUCUGAGUAUCCCCUCAUUCUCUGCUUGGUGACCCACUGCUGUAUCCCCCAACAGAAGGUCAUGGCCCAGCACAUGAAAAAGAUCCUUGGGGACAAGCUGUACAUUGAACCACCCAACAAAGAGGAAAACUAUCUUCCUUCUCCUGAGAAUCUCAAAGGUAAAAUCCUUCUCAAAGGCAAGAGGCUACCUCCCAGCUGCACUGAUUCUGAGGGGGAUGUGACAGAGGAGGAAGAGGGUCUGGAAAUGUCCCGAAGAGUAGGAGCCGAUGAGAAGGACCAGCUCAAUGGCUUGGGCUGCAAAAGACUCAGACUGUGCAGGGAGCUAUCUGAUCUUGUAUCUCUCUGCAAGUCAGUCCAGUUCAGGGACUUUGAGAUCUCUAAAAGGGACCAAAAAUUCUGGGAGAUUUGCUCCUUCAAUGAAGUAGAUGCAAACAGGUUUGCCAAUGAGUUCCCAGAAGAAUUUGUCUGUUAUAAUAAGCGCUUUCUCUCCAGGGUAUAUCCCACACCAAUGAGGAUUGAUGCCAGUAACAUGAACCCCCAGGAUUUCUGGAAGUGUGGCUGCCAGAUUGUGGCCAUGAACUACCAGACUCCGGGCCUAAUGAUGGACCUCAACUUAGGCUGGUUCAGGCAGAAUGGCAACUGCGGGUAUGUGUUGCGGCCAGCAAUCAUGAGGGAAGAGGUGUCCUACUUCAGUGCCAAUGCUCGGGACUCCCUGCCAGGAGUGUCUGCCCAGCUCCUUCACAUCAAGGUCAUUAGCGGGCAGAAUCUGCCCAAGCCUCGCGGCUCCGCUGCUAAAGGUGAUGUGGUGGAGCCCUACAUAUAUGUGGAGAUUCAUGGUAUCCCAGCUGACUGUGCUGAGCAAAGAACCAAGACUGUGUCCCAGAAUGGUGACAACCCUAUUUUUGAUGAGAGUUUCGAAUUCCAGAUCAACUUACCUGAACUUGCAGUACUGCGCUUUGUGGUGCUGGAUGAUGACUACAUUGGAGAUGAGUUUAUUGGCCAGUACACCAUCCCAUUUGAGUGCCUACAGCCAGGCUAUAGACAUGUCCCCCUACAAUCUCUGACAGGAGAGUUCCUACCCAACACCACCCUGUUUGUCCAUGUAGCCAUCACAAACAGGCGGGGUGGAGGAAAGGCACAUAAGAGGGGUCUAUCUGUCAGGAAGGGCAGGAAGGCCCGGGAGUACACCAACACCAAGACUACAGGGAUCAAAGUAGUGGAUGAGCUCUUCAGAGCUUCUACCCAGCCCCUCAGGGAGGCCACAGAUCUGAGAGAAAAUGUGCAGAAUGCCAUGGUGUCCUUCAAGGAGCUCUGCGGCCUGACUCCUGCAGCCAACAUGAAGCAGUGUAUCCUGACGGUGUCUUCCUGGCUGAUGAACAGUGAGCGGUCACUGAGGGUGACAGUGGACCUGAGCGAGACGUACCCCACCAUGGAAGCUCAGGGUCCUGUGCCUGAGCUGCUACGCAAAGUGCUCAACGCCUACGACAUGAUGAUCCAAACCAGCAGAACGCUGAUAGAGUCGGCUGAUGUGGUUUACUCCAAGCUUACUCAAGCACAGCGAGCAGGUCUGGACUUCCAUGAGGACCUGCAUCGCAUUGGCGCAAAGGAAGGUCUGAAAGGCCGCAAACUGCAGAAGGCAAUGGAGAGCUACGCUUGGAACAUCACUGUGCUCAAGGGCCAGGCAGACCUGCUGAAGCAUGCUAAGAGUGAGGCACUGGACACUCUUCGUCAGAUCCACUGUGCAGCGCAGUCCUGUGGCCUCAGUAAGAACGGAGCGGCUUCUCCUCAGCUCCAGCAUCAUCCCCACCACCAGCCACAGCAGUUCCACAUCCAGCAACAGCCUCAGGCCAAGGCCCACCCACAGCCUCCACCACUGCACCAGUCACAAACUCAGUCCCAACCUCAGACCGUGCCUCAGGCUUAUAUCCAUCCCCAAUCCCAGCCACAUCCCCAGCCACCAGCUCUCCCUCUGGUUCAAACUGUCUCAAAGCCACAGCCACCAGCCUAUCCUCAACCCCCACCCGUACCCCACAUCCAGUUUCAGUUCCAGACACAGCAACAGAGGGCAGCAGGACCUCUAAACUCCAUCCCAGAGAAAGAGACGGUCAGUGAUGAUCCUGCAGGAUCCUGCUGACCCGCAGCCUGUGCCCACAGAGAAUCCUACCCAAAGAGAGACAGAGAGAGUGAGAAAGUGAUGGAGAAUGAUAAGCAGAAGAAUGUAGAAGAUAAGAAGGAGACGGUGAGCAGUGCCAUUAAUGAAAGGGAGAUGGAGGAAGUAAUGGAGAGAUUAAAAGAGAUGAUGAUGGUGAGGAAGACUCGUCGCAUUAGAAGUGAGACACAAGUAUGAAGGGAGAUUUUAAGGUUUGAGCUGGCCAGAGAACUAAAGAAGAAAAGACAGAGAGACCUCACACUUCACACAUUUUUAAACAGGAUGGAAAACUGGAUGAUGUUUAUUUUUCCCCAUUGCACAUUUGGAAUAAAUUUCCAUUUGAGCCAGAACGUUUAGGUCUCUUCUGUCUUCUACAAUUUCUGGUUCUCUGUUAUGAGAAGUAAAAGUAACAACUGGUAUUACACUUCUUGUCUGGACCAGCUUUCAGUAGUUGGAUCAGUGAGUUACAUAUCCCUGUCUCUCUCUGGGCAG